UGGCUCCAGGCGGAAGGUCCCCAGUAGGCUGAGAUUUAUGUGCAAGCUUGGAGAGCUCAUGAAUGCCAGCACGAAGGGUUCAGAAGAGCCUAUCUUUGCAGCAGGGAAUCCCUACUACUCAGGCACUGCACAGCAGGUGGGGAGCAUGCCAACUUUAUCCAACCUGACGCAGACAUUGGAAGAUGCCUUCAAAAGGAUUUUUAUCACUUAUAUGGACAACUGGCGCAGGAACACAACGGCGGCGCAGGAAGCCCUGCAAGCCAAAGUUGACGCUGAGAACUUCUACUAUGUCAUCUUGUACCUCAUGGUGAUGAUUGGAAUGUUCUCCUUCAUCAUUGUUGCCAUCCUGGUGAGCACAGUGAAAUCCAAGAGACAGGAACACUCCAAUGACCCCUAUCACCAGUACAUUGUGGAGGACUGGCAUGUAAAGUAUAAAAGCCAGAUUCUGAAUCUAGAAGAAUCAAAGGCCACCGUUCAUGAGAAUGUUGGUGCAGUAGAGUUCAAAAUAUCUUCUUAAUAAGCAAGAAAGACACAAAGCCAACUUCUGGCAUCCAGAUAGGAAGAGAUGCAAGGGUAAUGAAGCAAAUCUAAAUUGUCAUUACUUAGAAGAAAACAGAUUUCUUGCUCUCUGUGGUAGACCGAAUUAUGUACCCUAACACAGACAUGUCCUUAAUCUGAAUCUGCAUUCUUGUGGGUGUGAAGCCACUGCAAGUAGGAACUUUUGAAGGUGUUAUUUUUAGUUAAGGUGUGGUCUGACUGUAUGAAAGUGGGUCUUAAUCCCCAUUACUGAGGCCUCCUAAAGAGAAGAACUUGGGAGCCAGAAGUCAGAGAAACAUGAGUGAAGUUGGCAGAAAACGGGAAGAGCAGACAAAAGAGAGGACACGGCCAUGUGAUGGGAGGCAGAGAAGAAGAUGGCACCAUGAGAUGGAAGGUGGAGAUGCCAGGCAAGGAACUCCAAGGAUUGCAGGCAGCCAACUCCGGAAUGCCAUAGACUCGGAGAGAAAGCAAGGCGAGAUGAUAUCUUCAUUGGGACUUCUUCUAGCCUCGAAACUGUGUGCCAAUAAAUUCCUAUUGUUGAAACGAAUCCAUUGUGUAGUAUUUGCCAUCGCAGCCUGGCAAACCAAGACACUUGGUUGAGAAUUUUCAUGGAGCUCAUGUGGCAAAUCAACUAAAACAGAUGACUUUUCAAUCUCGGUGAUUUGUGUUUGUUCAUGGGACAAUAUUUUAGGCUGAAGACUUCUUUUAUUUUCUGUGUAAUUUAAAUGUCAUUUUAAUCAAUAUGAAUAGUGAAAAUAUAGCCAAAUCUGAAGGAAAGGAUGUC